UAUAUCGGAGAUAUAUUAGUUGCCUUAAAUCCUUUUACAUUAUUACCUAUUUACGGACCUCAGAUUGGUCAGAAGUAUUGUCAUCUACGGGAACUGAGUGAUUUCCCAGCUCACAUCUACUCUAUAGCUCAUCGUGUGUACAAUCACGUCUCCUUUCACAAACAGUCACAAUGUGUGGUAUUACUGGGAGAAUCGGGAUCAGGUAAAACUGAAAGUUGUAAAAUGUUGGUAUCUCAGCUGAUCAGAGAAUGUUACCACCAAGUCAAACAAAAUGGUCUCCCACCGUCUCCAUUAGUGGAUGCUUUUGGUAAUGCUUUCACGGAGUUUAACACCAAUGCCAGCAGAUUCACCAAAACUGUUGAUGUAUUUGUAGACGAACUAGGUGUCAUUGUAGGAGCUAAGAUCAACGCAUAUCAUCUGGAGAAAUCCAGGAUUAGUGACGUCAUGGAAGGGGAGAAAAAUUUUAACAUAUUUUACCAUAUGAUAGCUGGUCUGUCACAAACUGAGUUGAAAUAUUUCUAUAUAGACGGCGAAUAUAGAAUCAUCUCCCCUGUACCAGGUGUACCGCUCUACCCAACUCAAGACGAUUUCCGAUUUCAUCAGGAACGUUUCGCCUACAUUAAAGAAACUCUUUCAAGGCAAGGUGUCCAAGAUAUAUAUAAAAUAUUCGGUGUCUUGUCGGCUCUCCUGCACCUGGGUAACGUCGGGUUCCAUGAUGAUGGUAGGGGUGGGGCUGUUAUAACCAACGACGACGAGGUUGGAAUGGCCGCCAGUCUGUUGAACGUGCUACCUCAAGAAUUGUCUUCAGUGUUUCUGCACACUUCUGUUUACGUUAAAGGUAAAGUGGUCCUGAAGAGAAACUCGAUACCGGAAGCAGAAAAUCAACGUGAUAAGAUUUUACAGACGAUAUAUUCCCGCCUUUUUGAUUGGUUAAUCUAUUGUUUUAAUACAGUUAUAAAUCCUGAACCUCGACAAAGUCAAGACUCCUACAAGAUUACCAUUGUGGAUUCACCAGGCUUUGAAAAUAGAAACACCAACAGUUUAGAACAGUUACAUUUCAAUCUGCUCGUUGAAAAGCUCCACCAGUUUACCUAUUCACAGAUUUUUGUAGGGGAGAGUCGGGACUGUGAGCGCGAGGGGGUAAAAAUACCAGUUAAGGUUGCGUGGAAUGACAACAGACAAGUGAUCGACGCCCUAGAUUCGACUGGUGUAUUGGGCAUCCUAGAUGAUAUUUCCCGCUCUAAAACGCCGACAGACGACGCUUUCCUGGAAAGGGUCAAUAAAAAUCUGGGCAAGAAGAGUAAAUUCUUGAGAAAUAAAAUCGGGAAUUAUUUUACUAUUGUACAUACUGCAGAUACGGUAAGCAAUAAGCAGGGCGAAUCCAAAGGGGUUGGGGGGCAGAGGGGUUACCCACUGACAGUAAGUCAUGGACCCUUUUUGGACGCCGCAUUUGCCACCCAGUUUCAAAUUUUAAUCAUUCUGUUCUAA